AUGGUCUAUCAUCUACCAGUCAGCAAAGCUUCAAUAAAGACAGGAUAUUUAGAUGGGACUCACUUCCAUCGAAUGGAAACCAACGUUCUGUUGGCUUUGAACGUGAAGUGGAUGAUGUACUGGAUUGUGUUUGCAUUUUUUACUACAGCAGAGACCCUCACAGAUCUAAUCCUGUCAUGGUUUCCAUUUUACUUUGAGUUGAAGAUAGCUUUUGUUAUCUGGCUGCUGUCCCCUUACACAAAAGGAUCCAGCGUUCUCUACAGAAAGUUUGUUCACCCAACCUUAUCCAGCAAAGAGAAGGAAAUUGACGAGUACAUCAGCCAAGCCAGAGAUCGCAGUUAUGAAACGAUGAUGCGGUUUGGGAAACGUGGACUCAAUCUCGCCGCUAACGCUGCGGUGACAGCGGCAGCGAAGGGUCAAGGAGUGCUGUCGGAUAAGUUGCGGAGUUUCAGCAUGCAGGAUCUGACACUGCUGAGGGAUGAAGACUCAAUCCACCUGCGGGGUGCUGACCCCCUCAUGAGAACCUCCAUUGGCAACAUUCCCGAAAUGGUCAAUGAUCCUGACACAUGCUGGCUUCCUUCAGGAGAAGAGGUAAGGAGCACCCCAGCCCCGAGGUCCGACGGGGAGCAGCCGGAUGUGAAACCUGACCAGUUGGAUGAUGAUAUGGAGAAAGUGCCAAAACGCACCCAGAGCCUUAAAGCCCCUAAACAGAAGAUGCAGCGUUCAGAGCCACAAUCGAAGAGUCUCAAGUUGCGUACGAAGAAGAAGGCUGCAAGCACUACAAGCAGUCCUGAGUCUGCAUGAACUGGAAACUGUGGAAACAAGAUCCUGCAGAGUGCAACAGGUCUUUCCAUCUGUCUUCAGUACUUCACUGAUUUGAGUCUUGCUUCAAGCAGGAAGUUGCUAAAGCACAGAGGAGCCACACUGUGUAAAUAAGAGCCGUGGGGACGUGUCUUUAGCAGGUGUAGGGGAAUGCAGAUGUCAGCACAACACAGCAGUAUUAGGGCAACCAAUGAGAGACCAAACAAAAUAGGCUUGCUCAGUGUUAUAUCAACAUCUCACCAAUAGGAACAAGAAUUCAAGUCAAAAUUUCACCCAGCUGUCUCCAAGAAAACAUUGCUUUCACUUUGCAAUAAUCACUUUCUUUCUUUGGAUUGAUCCUUUUAUUUUUGUGCUUCCAGUCCCGUCAUGUGAUGUGAAAAGAAAGCACAGGAUCCAAAUCCAUGAUUGUUUCAACUUUAUUGAAUUAAUCUAAAAAUCUUUGAUUUCCGAUAAAAGUUUCUGGCACUCCCACAUGGAAGUGACUGUAAGUCAUGACCAGCAGCAGUUGCAACCUGUGAACUUAAUGGCUUUGGUUUUCAGUCCAUUUGAAUCCUGAAACAGAAAAAAAAAUGGCUAACAUAUUUUGUUUUUGAAUUGUGAUUAUUCACAGAACCUCCAGGAAGACAAGAACAGAAUGUUUCAAAAGAUUUAUAAUGCAAACAAAUUAAUAAAUUGUUCACUCAAUAACUCAACCAAAACAUCAGCUGCAGAACAUGCAGGAACAAUAUAUUUUAUUUAAGUUUCUAAAAUAUGGUACCAUUUAUGAUGGUAGAUUCACUGUAUUUGGCAACUGACCAUUAAAAUCUAUGCAACUGGAGAAUAUUUAAUGUAUAAAUCUGAAAUUUCAUUGUAGGAAUGAACAGGAAGACUGCUCUAUUAGUAUUCUAUACAGUAGGAGAAAACGGGAAAAGAUUUAAUGUGUUGAAAUUUGCUACAAUGUGAAUGAAUGUGAGGGGGUCUGUUGCUCUGGAAUUAUUGACAGUAAACAGGAAGUGCUUUGUUGUUCUAUAGCGUGGAAGUGAAUAGAAAGUGAUGUGGGAUGUUGGAAACUGGUAAAAUGGGAGUUAAGGGAUGUGGAUUCUUCGCUUGGAAUUGUACAUAGUAAGAGUCAGUUUAACUAAGUACAUGGAGGCGUGACUUGUUAGACUGAAAUCCCAGGAAGUGGAAGAGUGGCAGAGAUUUGGUUAAUGGAAAGGAUUGAUUUUUCUCUAUUAGGAUCUGGAGUUCAUUGUCCCUUUAAUCUUGUAGGAUUCUGAAAUGGGAUGCAUUGAGAUUCUUUUCCAGAUGACAUCUACAGGGAUCAGAUUCAAGUUGUUGUAACGAUGAUCUGUUCUUGAAUUCCUGCAUGAUUUUCGUAUGCACUGUGACUAUAAGGUUAUGGUAUCUCCUCUGUGGACAGCGAGAGUCAGGAUGUCAAUAGUGCCCCAGUUUUCAGAAUCAUGUGGAGAACUGAUUGGUAAUGAGUUGUAAACAGUAACUCAAUCAGUCAGGAUCUGAUGAUACCAUAUAUACUAAGGUGAAGAGAGGCUGAUUUAUGAAUGUUGCCAGAACCUCGGAAUGAAAUGAAUUGACUGCUGGAUUUUCACUCUUUGUGUUUAUACUAUUUAUAUUUAUUUUUGACUUCCUACUAAUUUCCAGUGGGUACCCUGAGUGGGGCAGAGGUUAUGUAAUGUAAAUAAAAACGGUAGUAAUGUAGGAAUUGACAUUGUGUGGCAUUAUGUGACAUAUAGUUAUGAAUUACCAGGAAAAUUGCUAUAACUGAUAUAGCAGGCUAAACAGAAUAGGUUAUAAAACUGUAGAAUAAACCAUAAUACUGGACUUAUACGACAAGUGUCAUAAUCAUAUAUUUAGUGAGUUUUGGAGUUCUCACUCAGCACCUUCUAAUAAUGUAUCAGGCUGGUCAGUAUUCUUUAAUUAGCUCAUGAGGCUGACACGAAUGAUGACAACACCAUCCAUUUCAAUAUUUAUUGUCACUAUUGCUCAGUUCACUUCACUUUAUUUGAGUUUGUGCAGGGGAAAGUGCUCAAAAUUGAGGUUCUUUCCAACUUAUCACAAAACAUGGGCGGGUCUGAAAGUCUGUAUGUGCUGCCUGAGCCUCAAAGAUUGGUAUGAAGCUGCUUUUCUUUAUGUUGUUUUCAGAGAAUGGGUCAAUGCAGCUUCCAUCUCCAUUUCUGCUCAGUUUACAUUCCUGGUCUGCAACUGUUUGCAUUGGAUGUCCGUCAGCUGGCAAAUCUCGCAGGGUUCCCAAACCCCAUGAUAUACUGGGUUUUUCACUGUUGAUGGGACAAGAUGAGUUGUCUCCUUUUAUAUUUCAAUUGUCUGUGUCAUUGCAAGAACUAUAAGUGGACUCAUAUAAUAUAAAAGCACCUUCACUGACUGAUGAGGUUACCAUCUCAGGGACUUGUGUCAACAGUUCCUCUGGAAUCUAUCUCAGUCCAUAAAAUAUUGCAGGUGUGGAAGGGUAAUUGGCUAAAAGAAACAUAAAUUCCAGGGUCUACAUGCAUCAGACUCCCUUUAAUCAAGGGGAACAGUUUAUAGAGAAUGUAUUGAUGUCCUAACAACUCCCAUGCCCUCGAAAUAUUAAAAAGAAUGCUAGUCUCAUUUUACCUGAAAGCUGUACUUCCCUCUGACUACUUUAGCUAUGGUCAUCACUGCUUAAAGAUGUUCAAUGUGAAACUAUUUGACUAAGAUCUUUUCUAUCAACAUUAGUUGCAUGUCAUCCUUUUUAUUCCUGUUAAGGGUUUGCCGCACUCUUCAUGAAAACGCUAGUUACGAAAAUUGUAUGGGCUUUUCUAGGGACACAUAAUAUCCACACUCAUUUUCUAGCCAUCCAAAAACCUUUGCAAUUUGUUAGUUAAUUUGUGUAAUUCACAGCACCCCAGUGUUUCUCAUGUCCGUUAAUACCAGCUAUUCAUAACCAGGUGGUUUUGAGUGGUUGAGCCAAGCUCUAUCCACCUCUAGAGUAUUUACCACAUAUUAAUUGGAGGCAGUAAAAGGCCAGCAAUGAUUGCACUGAACUGGAAUUAAAUGGAUUGCUAAUCUCAGCCAGCAAAGAAGGAGGGAUCACAAAUAUCCAUCAUCUAAAGCAGUGACAGGAGAUUAAAAGGAGCCUGAUCCUAACCAGCGAGGAAGUAGUGGUUUAGUGUUUAUGUGUAUUUAGAUUUGGAUGUUCUGGCCCUGCAGUAUUCAACACUCACUCAUAAGGGAGCCAAUAUGUUGCAAACCGUAGUCUUGUCUGAAGUUUUCUUUUACAUAAAUGCUACUAGUCUGUGCUGCCUGCUGCAUUCCUCUCAAAGAAAGAUGGGUGAUCUUUUUUCAUUGACUGAAAUGUUGAUUUUGUCUGAGUUUUUAACAUUUGACAGUACGUUCACGAGAGUGUGCUGAAAACACCAUUGGCUGUCCCUCACCGUUUUUUGGAACAGUUCACAUCGUAUGCAUUGCGUUUUCAGAUCUUCUUGCACUUGUGUUCCAGAUCCACUUCAUUACAUCUGAGCUGGAAAUGUUUUCUCCUUUUGAAGAAUAUCACAAAGUUAAACCGAAAGAACU